UAUGAACACAACAUACCGAGUUUCAAUAUGUCAAGCAAGCCAAAGCAUUGCCAUCUUUCCACUUUCAUGACCGCCAAAAUUUUUGCCCCCUUAAUCUUCCUCAUCACUCUCAAUCUCUUCAUAUCUGAAGCACAAGCCUGGAUCAAAGCUGCCUACUACGAUUCAAGUUCAAAUCUCCCUGUAUCCUCUGUAAAUUCUGCUCUUUUCACCCACCUUUUUUAUGCUUUUGCUGGUAUCAACAGCUCCACUUAUCACCUCUCCUUCCCCUUCUCUAAUGAAUCAAGCGUCUCUACCUUCACAACUACCCUUAAAAGCAAGAACCCAUCAGUGAUCACAGUUCUAUCUAUCGGCCUUGCUUAUGGAAACUACUCGAUCUUUUCUUUAAUGGCCAGUCAGCCUUCUUACAGAGAAUCCUUUAUUGGGUCCUCAAUAGAGACAGCCAGGCUUUAUGGCUUUGUUGGGCUAGAGCUUUGUUGGCUCUGGCCUAACACGAGCUUUGACAUGAAAAAUAUUGGAGUUUUAUUAGACGAGUGGCUGGCUGCUAUAAAUUCUGAGUCAAGAAACUCUAGUAAGCCGAGAUUACUCUUGACAAUGGCAGUUCAUCGCGUGCCCACGAGUUUUCCAGUUGAAUCUAUGCAGAGAAACUUAGAUUGGGCAAAUAUUAUAGCUUUCGAUUAUCAUGUCCCCUUAAAGGAGAAUGUUACAGGUAACCAUGCUGCUUUGUUUGAUCCUUCAGGCCAUGCUAAUACUGAUUCUGGUUUAAAAGAAUGGCUAAAAAGAGGGUUUCCAGCAAGCAAGCUGGUUUUGGGUUUGCCUUAUCAUGGCUAUGCAUGGAAGCUGGUGAACAAAAAUGGAGAUCCUAAUAUUGGUGAACCAGCUUCUGGGCCGGCUCAAUCAACUGAUGGUUCAAUAGGUUAUAAAGCGAUUAAAUCAUUCAUCUCCAAUUAUGGGUAUGGAGCCAAUUCAAUCUACAAUGCUACAUAUGUAGUGAAUUACUUCACCAUGUGGCCUGUCUGGAUCAAUUUUGAUGAUGUUGAGGCCAUUAGGGCUAAAAUUUCAUAUGCAAAGACGAAGGGACUGCUCGGUUACAGUUGCUUUCAACUCGAUAAUGAUGAUAACUGGCAGCUUUCUCGGGCUGCUUAUGAAGUUGGUAAUGAUCAUGAAAAGAAGAAGCCAUUACCAUUGUGGAUUAUAGUUUGUAUCCCAGUUUCAAUUGUAAUCCUGCUGCUUCUUCUUGGUUCUGUGUCAUACUAUACAAGGAAGAAAAUGCUCAAAUCCAAAGGAAAUGAUGCAGAACAGGAUGCUCCUAAUCUGCAAGUAUUUACUUUAUCUGAAAUCAAAUCAGCUACAAGAAACUUUUCAAGCGAAAAUAAGCUCGGAGAGGGUGGAUAUGGACCUGUUUACAAGGGUAAGCUUACAAGGGGAGAAGAAAUAGCAGUGAAGAGACUUUCGAAAACUUCACAUCAAGGGAUCAAAGAGUUCAAAAAUGAGGUUAAACUUACAGCAAAGUUGCAGCAUGUUAAUCUGGUGAAGCUUUUGGGAUUUUGCAUCGAAAAGGGAGAGAAAAUGUUGAUCUAUGAGUACAUGCCCAACAAAAGCCUCGAUUUCUACUUGUUCGACCCCAAUAGAACAUUGAAAUUGAAUUGGGGACAACGAGUGAAUAUCAUUGAAGGGAUUGCUCAAGGGCUUCUGUAUCUCCAAGAAUACUCUAAUUUGACAAUAAUUCACAGAGAUAUUAAAGCUAGCAAUAUAUUGUUAGAUAGUAAGAUGAAGCCGAAAAUUUCUGAUUUUGGCAUGGCAAGAAUUAUGCAGAAGGAGAGCAAUGAAGCCAAUACAGGCCAGAUUGUUGGGACAUAUGGCUAUGUGCCUCCCGAAUAUGUGAGACGUGGCAUAUACUCGAUGAAGUACGACGUUUACAGCUUCGGAGUUCUGCUUCUGCAGAUCAUAAGUGGCAAGAAGAAUACAUGUUUUUACGGUUGGGCCGAAAACCUUAACCUUUUGGAAUAUGCUUAUGAAUUGUGGAAGAUGGAAAAUGGCAUGGAGUUUAUGGACGAAACGUUAGACGAUUCACUUUCUCCCUGUAAACUAUUGAGAUGUCUGCAAAUAGCCCUUCUGUGUGUGCAAGAAAGGCCAGCAGAUAGACCAUCAAUCUUGGAAGUUUAUUCCAUGCUAAAUAAUGAAAAUGCAGCUAUUUCUUGUCCUAAAAGACCUGCAUUUUCUGUCAAAAGUGGUGAAGACGGAGACAAUAGCUUAUGCUCUAUGAAUUCUGUAUCUAUUUCUCAGAUGUUGCCUCGAUGACUUUGCUUUGUAGGUGCCUAUUAUCAGAUCAGCAAUGUAUCUACUUACCCAGAAGUUACACAAAUGACUUAUUUUUUGGACUCCUGUAUUUUCUAAGGAAAUUAUUGAUUGAUUUUUUCUGUUUUUUUUUUUU